GUAUUAUAUUCCGGAGCCUGGUGCACAAGGUGCAGACGGCUCUGAGCACCUACUACAACCUCAUCGCUACGCUCCAAGACGAACGCGUACACCCACACGCGGCAAUUCACGCUCAAGCACUUGUAUGUGUGGUGCCAUACUCCCGCGCGAGAAAUGGUAG